AUGGCGGAAGAAGUUGCUGAGCGAGCAAACAAGACAGAGGAGGAGGAGGUGAACAAAGAAGUGCCAAAGAACAAGAAGUACCGGCGAGACAAGCCAUGGGAUAGCGAGGACAUCGACCACUGGAAGAUUGAGCCGUUCAGUCAGGGGGACAUGAAGACUGCGUUGCUGGAGGAGAGCAGCUUUGCGACUCUGUUUCCCAAGUACCGUGAGCAGUACCUAAGAGAAACAUGGCCAGCCAUUACCAAGGAGCUGGACAGAGUCGGAGUAGCGUGCGAGUUGAAUCUUGUGGAAGGGAGCAUGACAGUGAAAACGACGAGGAAGACCUGGGACCCGUACAUCAUCCUCAAGUCAAGGGAUCUGAUCAAGCUGCUGGCCAGAAGCGUUCCUGCGCAGCAGGCAUUGAAGAUCCUGCAAGACGAUGUUCAAUGCGAUAUUAUCAAGAUCUCUGGAAUGGUGAGGAACAAGGAUAGGUUUGUGAAGAGGAGGCAGAGGCUACUAGGACCCAACGGGAGCACGCUGAAGGCGCUGGAGCUGCUGACCAAGAACACUGUAUCUGUCAUGGGGUCGUUCCAGGGGAUCAAGCAAGCGCGCAAGGUGAUAGUAGAUUGCAUGAACAACAUUCACCCGAUCUACAACAUCAAGGCUUUGAUGAUCAGGAGGGAGCUAUCUAAGGACGAGAAGCUGAAGAACGAAAGCUGGGACAGAUUCCUGCCCAAGUUCAAGAAGAGGAACGUGAAGACUAAGAAGCCCAAAGAGACAGCAGCGAAGAAGAAGGAGUACACACCCUUUCCUCCUCCUCAACAGCCUUCCAAAGUGGAUCUUGAGCUGGAGAGCGGAGAGUUUUUCCUCAACGAGGCUCAGAGGAAGGAGAAGACAAAGGCAGAGAGGGCAGAGAAGAACAAGCAGAUCAAAGAACAGAACGACAAGGACAAGGCUGCUGUGUUUGUCCCUCCCAAGGAGAAGAAGAAAAAGAGGAAGAGUGGGGAAGAUGAAGGGCAGGAGGAGAAGAAGAACGAUAUGAAGGCUCUGAAAGAACAAGUGGCAAACCUGAAGGAGAAGGUGAGAAAAUGA